CUUUUACUUAUUUUAUCCAUUCAUUUUUAUCUAAUUCUUCACCCCUCCUGUAUGAACCAUAUUAAUCAUUAAUCACAAAUCAAACAUGAAGCUUAUGGUGUCUCAGUUCACUAUUUGGUUUUAACCUCUUUCUUUGCUAAGUUUUAGCUUUGAUCACACCACUUGAUAUUUCAAUUAAUUAUAUUAGAUGUUUUGCGUAACAGUGAACUAUUUCAAUCGUUAGUGAAUUAUAAACUGAUAGUGUUUGAUGCCUUGUUUCGCGCCGUGAUUAGUGAAUUAUACUUUUAUGAUAUUACAGUGAACUAUUAAACAUGUACUCAAAGGCUCGCUGACAAAUUAAUUCACUAACUAUUAAUUAUAGUUCACUGUUACAUGCUUAGUGUACUCAAUCGUUAGUGAAACAUCUAACAGUGAUUGGAAUAGUGAAUUACAGUGAACUAUUAAAAAUCUAACCCUGAAAAUUGAGUACAUGCUUAGUGAAUUACAGUGAACUAUUAAUUGUGUUCGAGGCUAUGACUGAAACUGAAACAGAAAACAUACAAGAUGCAAAUAUGGAGGAACAACAAUCUUCCUUGGUGGAUGGUCUUAAAACUCCCACUACUGUGGCUGAUCAAGAAUCCACAGCCGUGGAGUGCUUGUCCAAUCAUGAGUAUCACUCGCAGACUCUUGGAUAUGUAAUUGGUGGCACUAACAUGAGAAGCGACACCAACCAUCUCACAGAAGGGAUCAAUAUCUUAAUUGUCACACUGGACAGGCUUUUGGACCAUCUGCAAAAUACCGGUAGUUUCAAAUACAAAGAGCUAAAGAGUACCAAAAAGGUCAUGCCCGACGACAAGCUCGCUGAGUUCGCGCUCCUCGACCCCAAGCCACCAAGAGGUGAGCAGGUGCUAUCCUAAAAUUGAGAAGAGCCAGGCUACUAGAAAAAGAAGAAGAGCAUUCUUCAAGAUCUAGAUUAUGUCGCCCCUGCCUUUUUUGGUGGAUGCUUCUCGUGAUUAUACAAAAAAUGAUAUUUAGGGGUUUUAGGGAACCAUGUAAAAUACCAUUAGUUUAUUUCAAAAUAUGGGGUAUAGUGACAUGUUUCA